CACACACACACACACACACACACACACUACACACACUAACACACACACCGACCCUGAUUGAACUGCCACCGCUGCUGCUGCUGCCGUCUCCUCUCAUCCCGUCUCCCUUCCCAAACACCCGACUCUCGUCUCACGGUGGCAUAAUAAUACUUGCGUGCCCCAUGCGGGUGCGUGCGUGUGUGUGUGUGCGCGCGCGCGGCAGCAGCAGCAGCAGCAGGAGUGUGUGUGGUUCGUUUCGUGUCGGACCGUCGUGCGAUGCCAUUUCUGCCCCAGGAGGCUGAGCGAAUCGAUGGGCUGUCUCUGCUCUACUGGACGAUCAUGGGGCCACACGGCAUCAGCCGAGCCGUGCAGAGACUGGAGUUCAGCGACUGCAAGAAGGGACUCGGUGUGAAAAUAAUCGGCGGCUACAGAGAGUUCACGGGGGAAGAGUUCGGCAUCUACAUCAAGCGGGUGAUCGCCGGCGGGCUGGCCGCUCUGGACGGCCGGCUUAAGUCAGGCGACCUGAUUUUGGAUGUCAACAAUAUUAGCCUGGUAGGAGUGACCAAUGAAAGGGCGGUGGAAAUCCUCCGGACGGCCUCAUUCUCCAAUCACAUGUGUCUGCUGGUCGCCAGGGACGACGAAUCCAGGAGGGAGUUUGCUGAGUUGAUGGAGAAGUACGGCUCCAAUCACAUCACGGCUUCAGGACGGAUCUCCCCCAUCCAGCUCUCCACAGGCAAGCCGACAGACACAGCCUCCUCCUCCUCUUCCUCCAGAUCCGAGAGCCCGCAGCUCCUCAGUCCGAAGGAGGGGGUCACCACCUACGCUCAGGCCCCCCCCUACACCCCCAACCCCCCCUACGCCGCCUGUCCGUACACCGUGCACACGCCCACGCCGCACGUCUUCAGUGACAGUGUCAUUCAGUUGAUAUGUGUCUCCAAGGGAACAGGCCUCGGGCUCGUCAUCAAGGGCGGAGCCAACCGCGCCGAAGGACCAAUGGUGUUCAUCCAGGAAAUCGUGUCGGGAGGCGACUGCCAGAAGGACGGCAGGCUGCAGGUCGGGGACCAGCUGGUGUCCAUCAACAAGGAGUCUCUGAUCGGGGUGACGUACGAGGAGGCCAGGAGCAUCCUGACGCGCACCAAACUCAGACCAGACCCCACGGUGGAGAUCGCCUUCAUCAGGCGCAGGUCGUCCUCCAGCUCCAGCAGCGGGCCCCAGAGCCCCAUCUCCAACCAGGGGCCGAGCGGAGGCACCGCGGCCCAGACGAGGGCCCCGGCUCCAGGCGGCCUGCCUCCUCAGCCGGCCCUGAUCACUAAGAUCACCUCCAGCCGCAACCCGGCCAGCGAGACGCUGCCGACCGUCAACGUCAGCCAGGUUCGAGUGGCUGCAGCCAGAACGGAGCAGGCGUGUGUUUCCGCCCCGCCAGAGAGCGACAGCAACCCUGAUCCAAACCCCGACCCCCCCUCCUCCAGCCAGCCUGCCAGCAGUCAGCCCCCCCGCAGGAAAAGCUCCCUCAGCACCAGCUGUCGCCUCAAACUGGAGAGGCUGGAGCAGGCUCUGGACAUGCUGGGCUUGAAGCCCACAGAGGCUCAGCGACAGACGCUGAGGUCCCGACUACAGACAGAUCCAGCUGGGACUGUGGCCUACACAGAUUUCGAGAGCCUGACCCGGGAGCUGUUCAAACUGCAGCUGGAGGAGCUGGCCGUCACCCAGCCGGGCUCCAGGUUCACGUCGGAUGACUUGUCCAGUUUGCUGGAGUCGCCCACCGACCCUCGGCCGUCACUGUCGGACUCUGAUGACCUGGAGGAAAUGGAGAGACUGAGGAAGGAGCACAUCGAGGCUCUGAGGGAGAUCAAGAGGCUGCAGGAGCAGCUGGCUGAGUCGCAGAGAGCUCAGCAUCAGAUGGAGGAGGAGCUCAGCAAAGUCAAGCAGGAGGUGAAGGCCGGCGCCGAGGAGAGCCGGGCCCUGCGGAGCCGCAUCCAGCUGGCCGAGGCGGCGCAGAAGCAGGCGCGGGGGAUGGAGAUGGACUACGAGGAGGUAAUCCACCUCCUGGAGGCCGAGAUCGCCGAGCUGAAGACGCAGAGGGCGGAGCCGCCGGCCCAGGCCAAGGAGGAGACGGAGGAGCUGAAGAAGAGGGUGGCCGUGCUCGAGUGUCAACUACGGAAGAGCGAAGGGGCCAAAAAGGCCUUUGAGAUCUCCACGGGGAAGCUGCUUCACUUUGUGGAGAGCGUUCACGAGUUCCUGCUGGAGGCCCACGGCCCCCCGAAGAGCUUCAGCUCUGGAGAUGUUAAAGUCGGCGUCCCGUCCCCGGGCCUCGUCCCGCGCUACAAGAAGAGCCCCUGGACGGCGGCCACCCUCGCCCAGGAGGCGAAGGAGCUCACCAGGACGGUCCGAGCCAUCCUGGAGGUCGACUUGCUGACCUUCUAGACGACCCGGCUGUCAGACAGCAAAGUGGGCAGGGCUCUGAGCGUCUGCAGCGGCUCCUGGCAGACGUCAGCAGGACAGCCAGCAGCCGACCGUCCCGAGCUGUGAACCCCAACAGCGUCCUCCUCCCCACCGACUCCCGUCUCCGUGGUGUUUUCCUCGUUGUGGACUCAUGUCUUUGGAUCUGCAUGAAACGCUGUUUUUUUUUUUUUUUUUCUGUGUGAAGCAGCCGAUCUUCUCUUCUUUAUGCAAUAAACACCGAACUCAGGCUGUGCUCGGGCUCCUCAGCAGCCUUCUUCCACUCUGUUAACCCGUGUAUUAACCUGUCGGAAAGUGAUGCAUAAGUUUGUUUUGUGAAAGACAAAACAGAGUCAUAGGUUGACGUAGUUUUACUGUGUGACGCCUGAAGCUGCAGCACUGAUGCAGGAGAGAUGCAUGACGGUGUUUCUUUCACCGGCUGCCACUCUCCGCACAAAAUAUCCAAAUUCGAGUGUGCACCAGUUUGUGGACGUAUAUUCUGAUCAUUUAUGGGGGAUAUUUUCAUCCCUGCAUCCCUGAAUCUGCAGCACUUUUUAAGAGGUUAAUCCACGGUUAAUCCACCAGAAGAAGACUGCUGUGAGGUUGAAGGACUGCACUGACUUUUUGGGAGUUCUUCCUGUUGGUCACGUCGCCCCGUCUGCGAUGAGAGGGUUGAUGCUAAAAUAAUUUGUCGCAUCUAAAGCAUCUAAACCUGUCAGGCUUAUUAAGGAGCUACAGAAC